AUUAGCGAGAAACAAUGGAAACCGGACGUCCAACGACCGAACGAUGCCGGCGUGUACGGGAUGAACAAUACGACAACGAUCCUGACCAAGGAAGCGCACACGAACGGUGCACGGAUGCAGCUGAUCAUGAGCAUCCUGGCGAAUCUGACCGUGCUAUCGUCCGGCAUGGGUUUGGGAUAUUCGGCCAUUACACUGCACGCUCUUACCAGCGAGGACAACCCGUUGCGAAUGAACUCCAGCCAGGCGUCGUGGUUUGCUUCCAUCAGUUCGUUCGCGUGUCCCCUCGGUGGUCUCGUUUCCGGCUAUCUGUUGGACCGCAUCGGACGCAAGAAAACGCUCAUGCUUAUCAACGUACUGUCCAUCGUGUCGUGGUCACUGAUCGCCGUUUGCAGUGUGACUAACUUUGAUCUGAUGUACACACAAAUCUUAAGCGCUCGUGUCAUCAUAGGCGUCGUCAUCGGGUUAGUAAGCGCACCGGCCUCUAUUUACUCGGCAGAAAUCGCCACACCGCGGAUGCGUGGCCGACUGACGGUGCUUACCUCGCUGAGUAUUGCCGUUGGUAUUCUGCUUAUCUACUCGAUGGGUUACGCCAUACCGCACGAUUUCCGGCUAGUGGCAGCACUGGCCGCUGGCAUCUGCGUACUAUCGCUCGUGUUGCUCUUCUUUAUGCCCGAAUCUCCUGCCUGGCUAAUGUCGAAAGAUCGCGAAGAGGAAGCGGAACGAUCGCUGAAGAAGAUCCGCGGGUACGGUGCGUACGGCCAUAGAAUUCCCGAAGUUGAGAAGGAACUGAUGCGCAUGCGGGAUAACGUGAUGGCACAGCGUCGUGCCGGGCAGGAGAGUUUCCUGCGACUUCUGAAGCAACCGCAGGUCUACAAACCGCUCGGUAUCAUUAUUGGGUUUUUCGGCUUCCAGCAGUUCUCUGGCAUCUUUGUGAUCGUGGUGUACGCUGCCAAGGUAUCCUCGGAGGCGAGCGUCUCCAUGGAUCCAUUCCUGUGCACUGUGUUGAUUGGAAUAACGCGCGUCGUCGCCACCCUGCUGGUCGCUUACAUUCUGGACACGCUCGGCCGUAAACCACCGUCAAUCUUUUCCGGUGUUGGAAUGCUGGUGUGCAUGUUCGGGCUGGCACUGUGCAGUUACUUCCCACCGAUCGAACAACUCAACUGGAUCCCAACCGUACUAAUCCUGACGUACAUCUUUACCAGCACGCUCGGAUUUCUGACCAUGCCCUUCUCAAUGCUGGCGGAGCUCUUUCCCCAAACGGUGCGCGGUCCUGCGUCGGGUGUAACCGUGUUCUUCACCUAUCUGAUGUCGUUCUUCACGAUCAAGCUAUAUCCGACGAUGGUGGAGUUCCUGGGCAGUGCGAAUGUCUUCAUCAUUUACGGAGCCGUCUCCAUGCUGGGGGUACUGUACGUCAUCUACAUUGUGCCCGAAACAAAGGGCAAGUCGCUGCAGGAGAUUGAGGAUUACUUCCGCGGGAUGUCGCACGGUUCGACGCCUUCGCAAGAGAUGGAAGAGGACGAAGUGAGCAAUCUGUCCGCGGAGAGUGUUUGAACAAAUGGAGCAGCGUGUCACGAUCGCGCUGUUAACGACUCAAUCCACUCAACGCGAACACCCCCCAGAAUACGGUUGUCAUCUAGACCGAUGGAACUUCGGUGCCGGAGCAUUGGUCCGCGCAUUCUUAUUGAGUUCAAUUGAUGUCAAUCAUUCGGAAGGGGGGCGGCCGCCGUUCGGGAUACGCACAGCAGUCAUCGCGGCUGGUGGCGUUUAGCGAAAAGCGUCAAAGGAAUGCGCUUUAAUAGGUUUAAUUGAAACGCGUUGUGGUUAAUCUUGGCCCGGACGAAAGGAAAAAGAAAACACUUAGCUAUCGGACAGUUCGGGCACAUGUCACAUGUGCGUUCCGUUUCCGUCGGUGUGUCCCACACGAUCAUUAAUAUUAAUUUAGUUCGCUCUGUGAUCGACCAUAGAUCUGUGAUCCGCAAAAUAGGAAAAUCUUACAUAACCUCCCCACCAUGUAUAAAUAAAGCUCUGGUGCCAUUUUUCAAGCCUGUACGUGCAAUAGUUUAACAACGAUAGAUAGAAUGGUUUAGUUACGGAGUAGAAGCGACUAACUAAGCUAGAAUGCCAUAUGAAAGAAGAGGCUCAACCAUAUCUAACACUCGUUUUAAAGUA